AUGCAAGACCUUAUUUUCGAUGUUGAGGAGGCUUAUCCCAAUGGUUUAAUUGUUGGCGCUCCUAAAUUCGAUACCUCCUCAUACCAACAGGGUGUGGUAGAGGCGGGUGCCGUCUUCAAGUGUGGCAUGAGUGACGGUGAUUGCAAUUUGGUGAAAUUUGACUCCUCAGGAAAUCAUCGCAACACUUACGGCGACGUUAUCGAACGAAAAUCCUAUCAGUGGCUCGGCGCCACGGUCUCCACCAGUCGAGACAACGAUUUGAUUGUGGCCUGUGCUCCACGCUACGUCUUCCAUACAAUGACACCGAAUAAGUCACUGCGUUAUGACCCAGUCGGUACGUGCUUUACAUCCAGGAAUUUGACGCAUUUCAACGAAGUCUCACCCUGUCGCACAAACAACUGGGGUUACCAUCGUCAAGGCUCCUGUCAGGCUGGCUUUAGUGCGGCAGCAAGCACUCGCGGUGAUCGUUUGUACAUUGGUGCGCCCGGCAGUUGGUACUGGCAAGGACAAGCCUACUCAAUAUCACCAGAUGCAACCUUUCCAUAUAAGCCGCCAUUUUAUCAGCCCUUCGGCACCGGAGGUCAAACAUAUUCGUAUGACGUAACACGUCCGGAAAAUCAAGUGUACUCAACGGCCGAGAGUAGCUCACAAGACGAUGACUCCUACUUGGGCUACUCAAUGACCACUGGCAAUUUCAAUGACGAUCGGUUUGAGGACAUAGCGAUCGGUAUGCCACGUGGUGCCGGUUUGCUCGGCAAAGUUGUGGUGAAUCAUUGGAAUAUGACGAAUAUAUUCAAUUUCACUGGACAUCAGAUUGGCGAAUACUUCGGUUAUGCGCUUGCUGCGUGCGAUGUUGAUGGCAAUGGUUUGGACGAUUUGAUUAUCGGUGCGCCGAUGUAUAGCGAACCGGGAAAUGUGGAGGGUAAAUACGAUGUGGGACGCGUGUACGUCUUCUUGCAGAUGGAGAGUGGUCCACGUUGGCCAAUCGAGCAUAUACGCGAAGGUUACAAUACGAAAGGGCGUUUCGGCUUGUCGCUCACCACGCUUGGUGAUAUCAAUCGUGAUGGUUAUGGUGAUUUUGCUGUGGGUGCACCCUAUGAUGGCCCCGAAGGUCGUGGCGUCGUUUACAUCUUCCAUGGUUCACCGAAUGGUCCAUUGUUGAAACCAUCGCAGAUUAUCAAAUCGGAGGAUAUUGUUGAGGGCGCACCAUAUCCACACACAUUUGGUUUUUCACUUUCCGGUGGACUUGAUAUGGAUGGCAAUACAUAUCCCGAUUUGGCGGUGGGUGCUUACGCCUCCGACAAAGUGUUCAUUUUCAAGUCACGUCCUGUGGCGGCGGUCAAUGCGAUGACCUCAUUUGUCAACCAAUCGAAAUUGAUCAGUUUGGAUGAUCGUAAAUGUCAGACGGUGCGUGAUGGUAAACGUGUGCCAUGUACGGAAAUUAUGACCUGUUGGAGUUAUACGGGCGAAUAUUUGCCGCGUAACUUAGACUUUGAUGUGUCCUGGGUGUUGGACGCCAAGAAACCGAAGAAGCCGCGUAUGUUCUUCCUGCUCGAUGAAGGCAAGAAUAUACGUAACUUGUCGAUUAGUUUACAAUAUGGCAGAACUUAUUGUCGGAAUGAGACUGUUUAUCUAGUGGAUAAUGUGCAGGACAAGCUAACACCCCUCGAAGUUGAGAUGCGCUAUGAUCUGCGUAGCCGACGUCCUUUGGCUCCCGUAAUUAGGCGUAAACGUGAUUUGCUCGAACCCGUUAUUGAUCAGAAUCGCGAGAUCAUUUUGCGUGAUGCCAUCAAUAUACAAAAGAAUUGCGGUUUGGAUAAUAUCUGUAUACCCGAUCUACAGUUGGAUAUUGUGACCGUCGACAAAUACCUACAUGGCUCACACAAGCCUCUAAUUGUCGAAGUAACAGUCACGAAUCGUAAUGAAGAUGCUUUCGAGGCUGCUUUCUACAUGGUCAUGCCAAAGGAUUUGGACUUUAUCAAGAUUGAAAAUUUGGUCGAGAAGGGUGAUACGCCCAUUACGUGUUCGGCACCUUCCGAAACGAACAACUACACGCUAAAAUGUGAUCUUGGCAAUCCAUUGCAGGAGAAGAAAUUUGCGAAAUUCAAUGUGAUCAUGUUGCCAUCGCAGACUUUCGGCAUGUCUCCCAGCUAUCACUUCUACAUGGAAGCCAAUUCGACCAAUGCCGAAAUCGAUGGAAAUCAACGCGACAAUGUUGUAAUUAAAAAUAUUGACAUUUGGGUGGAAACCGAUUUGGAUAUUGAAGGCGCCUCACUGCCCGAUUUUCAACUCUACAAAGCGUCCGACUAUUUGGCCAUUGAAAAUGCUACCAAAGAGGAGGAUUUGGGUCCACAAGUUGUACAUCUGUAUAAUAUACGCAAUAAUGGACCCUCUUACAUCGAGGAAGCUGUUAUACUCAUACAUUAUCCCAAUGAAACUGUGGGCGGUGAUCUCUUGAUGUACAUGUUGAAUCAACCGGAAACACACGGCAAUAUUGUAUGUGACCCACAUUUGGGUGUCAAUCCGCUUCGCUUGAAAUUGGAUAAUAACUUGAUGUACAAAUCGUAUCUGCGAGAGCGUGGCGUUAUUUUCUCCACAGAGACGAGCAGCAGUAGCGCAUCCAGCUCUGCGUCUGGUUCUGGCUCAACAAUUUACAGUGGUGUCGAGACGGCUGAAGGUGCAAGCGCUGCUGGUACAGCUGUAACUAUAGGGCGCGGCACCAAGGUACUAACCGCAGAGGAGAGAAGACGUCUUGAGAAGGAGGACGAACAGGAGGGUACUGGCGAUGCUUCAGCUACACAUAUACAACGUGCGCACGAAGCCGCGGUGUCGAGCUCGCAAUCGAGUUUCGGUGGUGCAGGCGCUGGUUAUGGUGGCGGUGCUGGUACUGGCACCGGUAGCUCAUACCAAUGGUCCACAUCGUCAUCAUCCUCUGGUGGUGGCAGUGGUGCUGGUGCGCAUGGUCCCACUGUUAUUGUACGCACAAAGAACACGACAACAAGUUAUGAUGCUAGCGGACGUCCGUAUGUUGUGGAGAGUAGCACCGAAUACUCAACUAGUUUGGAUCGUGCUGGGCAAUACUAUGCGCAACCUUUGAAUCAGGGACAACAACAGCAUUCAGCAAACUACCAGCAAGCGGGCGGUUUUGCUGCUGACAAUAUCCAUGGCAGUUAUGGGGGUGCGCAGAGCACACAAGGUCACAUACAAAUGGCUGGACCGGGUGGUAGUAGUCAACCAGAGCAAUCAAUGUACGCCAACUACCAAGGCUCAUCGGGUGGCGCUUACCGACCAAAUCAGCUGAGACAGCAACAACAACAGCAGCAGUAUCAACAAAAAGCAUAUCAGCCUUAUGAUGCGCGCCGCGGCUCAGUCUCAUCAUCCGCCACAUACAAUAGCAACAACAACAAUUAUAACAACUUUGGAGGCGCCGUUGGUGGCGGCAACUACGACAAAGUCAACACAAACGGUCAGGGCUUCCAAGCGGGUGUUUUGGAUUUGGGCACAAUGCAUCGUGACAAUGUGGACAACGAACUGCGUCAACACGAUGGACAAUUCGGUGAUAACGGCGGCACCUCUUACGGCUAUCAACAAACCUACACACGUCGCGUACGUUCACCAGCUGGCAAUAAACCUUACUAUGGCAUGGAGAAUGAAGACUAUUAUGAUGAAGAAGCUAUCCAGCAAUCAGCGGGCCAACACCAAAUAAAUGCGCGAAAUUCUCCUGCAACGCAGGGGCAACAACAACAACAGCGUAGUGCCGCCUAUCAACAGUCGCAGUCGUCGAGCUCAUACUCCUCCACCGGUGGUAGCCACAAGGAAUCAUCUUCGUCGUCAUCGUCAUCGUCCUCGUCGUCGUCAUCUUCAUCAGCUUCGCAGUCAUCUUUCUCAUCGGGUUCACAACUACGUCAAGACGCAGCCGCCGAGGCCGACGAAUUGACGCAAAUCGAUUGGGUAUCACCUUGCAAGGCGGCAAAAUGUCAGACGCUACGUUGCGUAGCCAAGAAUCUGGCCAAGGAUGAGGGCGUAUGGGUGUCUAUACGCAUGCGUACGGUGGCAAAGACAAUGGAGAAAUUAGCCGGUAAUUUGCCGUUGAAUGUUUCCACUAUGGCCGCGGCGAAUGUGACACGUUUGCCAUACAUUGGCGAGCCAAAGGUGCCGAUCAUAAAGACGCAUGAAAUAUUUUACAAAGCCGAGCCGGAACCCAUACCAGUGCCGGAUGUGGUGCCACUGUGGGUAGUGGUGUUGGCGGCGUGCGCCGGUGCGCUCAUUCUGUUAUUGUUGAUCUAUUUACUGUAUAAGUGCGGCUUCUUCAAUCGCAAUCGGCCACGUGAUCACUCUAUGGAGCGACAGCCACUACGUAACGGUUACCAUGGUGACGAACAUCUGUGAGCGCUACCGAGUCCAUAAAAUGGGCCGAAUCCCCAACAAAUUUAAACACCUAAAAUUGCAUAUCACUCUUGACCUUUAUCCGACAUUUCAGGGCGGUUUUGCAUUGAGAUUAAUUGUUGUUGUGCGCGUGAACUCUUACGCGUUUGUUUGCGGCGAAAACGACGGUGCUUGCUCAGCCGCAUUGUGUGCGUUGUGUGCGAUCUUUCGCAGUAACUAACCAAAACGAAGCCAAACGAAAGCGAAACAUGUGGCUUCCACUUCUACUCGGCUCCGUGUAAAAUUAUUUGCUAUUUAACCCUUUUUUAUAAUUAAUUUUUAAAUAUAUUUUUUUUUAAAAAGCUACCAUACUAUCUUUGCUAGUCACGAAAUUUAUUGUUGCAUUUUCUACUCGUCGGCGCGUAAGCGAAAGCUAAUAACUAAGCUUGCGGCCAGGCGAGUUGAAGAGAGCGCAAGCGCGACAAAAAUGUGCUUUUAACAUUUUUAUCGGAGAUUUUAAUAUUUAAAUUGUAAAAAUAUACAUACAUUUAAUAUUAAUUAAACAAAAGAAAUUGAAAAUACUGUUAAUACAUAAGUAAUACUCUAAUGUUGCCUUGUAUAUGAUAAAAAACAGAGAGCGUACUAAACGAAAACUAGUUAUUUCAUGUUGUUGUAAAGCGAAAAGUGCUAAUAUUAAUUUUAAUAAGGGCCAAGGCCAAUAAUUAAAACAAAAACAAGAAAAAAACUAUUAAUCAUAAUUAAAUGUGUGUUUGAGUGUGCGUGUGUGUGGAACUAUAAGUGUGUUAGUGUGCGUAUGGUACUGUUAAAAGCUAAGGCAAAAAGAAAUAUGAAAAACGAAAACACGAAAUGCGAACUUGAAGCAAAUAAUUUAACUAAGUAUGUUAAAAAUUAAUUAUUUUUUUAAUAUUUAAUUAAUUUUUUUUAAUGUCUACUAACCAUAAAUGUUAUUUGUAAAUACAAUGUGAAACUGUAAGCAUAAUUUUAUUGGGCUUAAAUUGAAAGCACUGCCUUUUCUACAAGAAAAUCACAACAACAAUAUAAAUUUAUGUACAAUACAAGCUGAAAAA